ACUGGUCUCUGUUUUUCAGGGGACGUCUGCUGUUCUUCUCAGUUAAAGAUCGUCCUCCUCGGAGGCAGAAACUCUGGAAAGAGUCGUGUGGGGAACCUAAUCUUAGGCAAAGAGGAGUUUGUCACCAAGGAGAGGACGUGGAGCUGCCGUAGACUGGGCGUCCGGUGUGGACGGCGUCUCACGGUGGUGGACUCUCCCGGGUGGUGGUGCGACUUCGGCGUCCAGGACUCAUGUGAGCUGGUGAAGGCGGAGGUCCUGGGCAGCGUGUCCAUGUGCUCUCCAGGCCCUCACGUGCUGCUCAUCGUGGUCAAAGCCAGAUCGGCGUUCUCGGAGAAGCGUCGUCGGGCGGUGGAGGAGCACGUGGCGCUACUGGGGGACCCGGUGUGGGCUCACUGCACGGUGGUGUUCACCUUCAACGACAAACGCAGACUGGUCAAAGCGGAGGACGUGGUGGAGCGGGGGGGGGCGGGUCUGCGCUGGCUGAGCGACAAAUGCGACCGGAGGUGUCACAGCGUCGCCUUCAACGACGACGACGCCCAAGUCCAGGAACUGCUGGAGAAGAUGGAGGAACUGGUGAGAGCCAAUGGGAACAGAGAGUUUGAACUGGAGGGACGUCUGGGACAGGAAGUGUCCGAGCAGAGGAGGCGGGUGGAGGACAGGGCGCGGCGGAGGUUCGCCAAAGUCAAAGAACACCGAGCUCUGAUGAGAGAGAGGUUGCGGCCCAUGACUGAUAUCAGGAUCGUGUUGGUCGGAGCAAAGGGUUGUGGGAAAUCGUCGACGUUCAACACCAUCUUAGGCAGAGCGGACACGCCGCCGUUCAGCCGGACGUCCCGCUGUCGGGUGGGGGACGGCGUGGUAUUUGGCAGACAUGUGACGGUGGUGGACACCCCCGGCUGGUGGAGGAACUACUUCUGCCACGAGACCCCCGUGUUGGACCGGAGGGAGCUGGUCCUGGCUUUGUCCCGGUGUCCCCCGGGGCCUCACGUCUUCCUGCUGGUGGUCCGCGUGGACAGAUCCUUCGGCGAAACCAACCGCAGAGCCGCUCAGGAACACGUGGAGCUCCUGGGCGAAGGUGUCUGGGCCCGAGCCCUAGUGGUCUUCAGCUUCGGGGACUGGCUGGGGGCCGCCACCGCCGAGCGUUACCUGGAGACGGAGGGGACGGCCCUGCGGUGGCUGGUGGACCGCUGCAGCAACAGGUACCACGUCAUCAACAACAGAACCAGAGGGGACGGCUUCCAGGUCCGGGAACUGAUCGGCAAGAUCGAGGAAACGGUCGCCGGCGGCAACGGGAACUGGCACUAUGAGGUGGAGAGGAGGGUGACGGAGACGCUGGAGAGGAGGAAGAGAGGAGAGGAGGAGAGGGCGGAGGAGAGGAGGAGGAGGAAGGAGGAGCAGAGGAGGAAGGGUCGGACUCAGAUGGAGAAGCUCCGCCCCCUGUCAGAGCUCAGCUUAGUCCUGGUCGGCGGCAGGAGAACCGGUAAAAGCUCCUGCGGAAACACUGUCCUGGGCCGACAGAGCUUCGACGCAGACGUCCAGACGACCUCCUGCGUCCGAAAACAAGGAGAAGUUGGCGGAAGGACGCUGACGGUGACGGACACGCCGGGAGGCUUCUCCGUGACCUCUGACCUCCUGCGACCUCUGAGCGCCGUCCUCCUGGUGGUCAAUGCCAGCGCCGCCUUCAGGGACGAACACAGGGAGGCCGUGGAGCAGCAGCUGGAGGCGGGCGGAGUCCAGGCGUGGAGGCGGGCCCUGGUUCUGUUCAGCUUCGGGGAUUGGCUCGGAGACGCCGGCGUGGAAGAGCGAAUCGAGAGCGAAGGGGAAGCGCUUCAGUGGCUGGUGGAGAAGUGUGGAAACAGGUACCACGUUCUAGACAACAAACACAGGGACGGAGGAGCUCAGGUUGGACAGCUACUGGAGCUGAUAGAGGAGAUGAUGGUGGACGACAGGAUGGACGUCUGUCACAGGGGAGAUCAUGUGACCAGAGGUGUGUCAUCCAGACCAGAACAGCUGAUGGAGGAACUAACACUGGACCGAAAGGACUCAGAAGACCACGGUGGACAUCAGCUGACCCACCACUGUGAGUAG